AUGAGCCAGACCUGGAGGCCAACAAAAACUCAAAUCUCGCGGAAGCACCCCGCUAUUAUUGAUUGGAUUCCAUGGCCAUCGAUCCGGGAUAAACUGAUCACCUGUCAUGCUGCUAAUCCUCUGAUCGACAAUGUCAUUUGCGCCAUCGGACAUUCUUAUGUCAUGGAAAUUGACCUUUCUAAACUUAUCGCCAACAUUCCUCCAACACCAGGAUAUGUGUCUGUCUGGGAUCUAAUUCGGACAAUCUCCCCGGAAACGUCGAAACAAAAUACCGAAACAAGUAAAAAUAUCAACUUGAAUGCUUGGGACGGUUUACGUGGCUCCGGAGUGCCCACAGAUGAAAGCUUCCAGUUUCAUCGACACAAGGAAUCUUUCGGAAUGCGUCUUCCUGCCCCUGAUACCAAUAGUCUUUUUGGCUCCCACACAAUGGCCUUACAAGCUUUCGAGUUGCUGGGUAUGGACAAAGGGGCAUCACUAUUUCGUCUAGACCCUGCGUUCUUUGAAACUCACCCUGAAAUGUAUGAUCACCGCGAUAACAUCAUGGCCAGCGGUGUUCAUCUCAAAUCGCCCUACGGAGAUACAAUGAUUUCACCCCGACCUUUGGACAUUUCGGUUUCAACGCAGUACAAACAAUUAUCGUCAUGGACUGUAGAUCUACUAGUAGAAGGGGCGUUGCCUGUGCCUCGAUUGCAUUUGGAUAGCGAGUGA